CGCCGGCUACAAAGCGGCGAAGGUCACGGCGCCGGGAGGCGCGCGCCGCCACCCGCGUCUCUCCUGCGCCUUCGGCCCCUACACUGUGGCUGUUGCCGCCUCCUCUCACCGCCCGCGCGGGGAGCCAUGGAGGGAGUGAGCGCGCUGCUGGCCCGCUGCCCAACGGCCGGCCUGGCUGGAGGCCUGGGAGUCACGGCGUGCGCCGCGGCGGGCGUGCUGCUCUACCGGAUCGCGCGGAGAAUGAAGCCCACACAUACCAUCGUCAACUGCUGGUUCUGCAACCACGACACAGUGGUGCCCUACGGGAACCGAAACUGCUGGGACUGCCCCCACUGCGAGCAGUACAACGGCUUCCAGGAGAAUGGCGACUACAACAAGCCGAUCCCUGCCCAGUACCUGGAGCACCUGAACCAUGUGGUGAGCAGCACGCCCAGCCCCUGCACCCCGGCACAGCCCCGGCAGUGGGUGAGCAGCCAGGUGCUGCUCUGCAGGCGGUGCAGCCACCACCAGACCACCAAGAUCAAGCAGCUGGCUGCCUUCACGCCCCGUGACGAGGGCAGGUACGACGAGGAGAUCGAGGUGUAUCGGCACCACCUGGAGCAGAUGUACAAGCUGUGCCGCCCGUGCCAGGCAGCUGUCGAGUACUACAUCAAGCACCAGAACCGCCAGCUGCGCGCCCUGCUGCUCAGCCACCAGUUCAAGUGCCGGGAGGCAGACCAGGCUCACAUGCAGAGCUUCUCGUCUGCGGCAAAGGCCCCGGUCCAGGUCAUCGUGCUCCGUGCCCUCGCCUUCCUGGCCUGUGCCUUCCUGCUGACCAUCGCGCUGUAUGGCACCAGCAACUCCUCUGUCCCGGGCACCACCCUGCCCCCAGCCCUGCCACCUGGGGGCAAUGGCUCUGCCAUGCCUGACAGUGGCACAGCCCCUGGGGCCGAGGGCUGGCAGCAGCUGCUGGGCCUGCUGCCAGAGCACACCGCAGAGAAGCUGCGCGAGGCCUGGGCCUUCGGACAGAGCCACCAGAUGGGCGUUGUGGCGCUGGGCCUGCUUGCUUGCCUGCUGGCCAUGCUGCUGGCUGGCCGCCUCAGGCUCCGGAGGAUUGACGCCUUCUCCACUGGCCUGUGGGCCCUGCUGCUGGGGCUGCACCUGGCUGAGCAGUACCUGCAGGCUGCGUCGCCCAACUGGCUGGACGCCCUCAAGUUCAGCACCACAUCCCUGUGCUGCCUGGUGGGCUUCACGGCGGCUGUGGCCACAAGGAAGGCAACAGGCCCACGGAGGUUCCGGCCCCGAAGGUACUUCCCAGGAGACUCUGCCGGCCUUUUCCCCACGAGCCCUGGCCUGGCCAUCCCCUGUCUGAGUGCCGCGGGCUCCUCGCCGCCUCUGUUCAUGCCCACGCCUCCCGGCUGCUCGCCGCUCGCCCACCAGCACCUGUUCAGGUCUCCCUGCCGGGCCCCGCCCUCCUCACUGCCAGGCCGCCUCAGCCGGGCCCUCUCGCUGGGCACCACACCCUCUCUGACUCGAACAGACUCGGGGUAUCUGUUCAGUGGGAGCCGCCCACCGUCUCAGGUGUCCCGACCUGGGGAGGUCCCUUUUUCAGCUUACUUCUCUCUGCUGUCGGGGUGCUGCCCCGCCUCCCCACUCCCGUCCCCGGCGCCCUCGGUGGCCGGCUCAGUGGCCUCCAGCUCGGGCUCUCUGCGCCACCGCAGGCCCCUCAUCAGCCCUGCCCGCCUCAACCUCCAGGGGCAGAAGCUGCUGCUGUUCCCGUCGCCCCCCGGGGAGGUCCCCAACACCCCCAGCAGCUCAGACGACCACUCGCCCCACAACGGCAGCCUCUUCCCCAUCGAGCCGCCCCGGGUCCCGCGGAGGCAGCCAGCGCAGGAUGUGAAGCAAGCUGUGGACAUGAGGUCCAUGCCGGAAAGAGGCAGCGCCUGCAGCAGCCGCUCGGUCAAGAAAGAGGAUGACUCGUCCCAGUCGUCGGCCUGCGCGGUGGACACCACCACCAGGGGCUGCAUGGAGGAGGCCGCUGCCUGGAGAGGUCGUUUUGGCCCCUCCCUGGUCCAGGGCCUCCUGGCCAUGAGCUUGGCUGCCAACGCCCUCUUCACGUCGGCCUACCUGUACCAGGUCCUGCGCUGACAUGGCGAGUCCAGGAGGGGGCGCCCGGGUGCGCGCAUCCGCCGCUGCGGGCCUCGGCCCCUUCUCCAGGGCCCCUGACCUCGCUGGGCUGAGUCCUGUCCUCCCGACGCCUUCGCCUCGCAGGGCUGGGUGUGGUCUGCAAGGCCGCGCUCCUCCCCACCCAUCUCCCUGGCUGAUCUCGGUUGUGUGUUUGGUGCUGACACUCUGAUCCCAACACCGGGGAUCCCUGAGGGGCUGCACGACUCUGGGGUCCCCUCGCCACUGUCCAGCCCUGCCUGGCAGGACCGCCACUACUACUGUAACUGCAGCAGGAGCCGGCCGCCCCCCGACCCCGUGGCCGUGGGCUCUGAUCACAUCCCUGUACUGUACUCUCCUGUCCCACCAGUCGCCUCAGGCUCCCUGGGGUGGAGGGAGCGCAGCUCAUGCGUCCUCGACCCUGCCUGGAGAGUGACCCUUCCUUGGGCAGGCCCCCUGGAGGGCAGGCAUCCUCUCUCCCUCCCUGUUGGCUCUGGGCCAGGCCUGGCCUCUGGCUCUUCCAGGUGGGCAGGCGGGUGCCGGGGUCCCCAGCCCAGGGCUCCUCACAGCUCUUGGGUCUCAGAGGCCAGGUUAGGCCUUCAGGACCAGUGUAAGCACCCUCCCCACCCGGGUCCCUUCUGCCCUCCUGCACCCCCGUCUUAUUACCUCUGGUGACCUUUCCAGGCAGCAGCCCCAGUAGUCCCCCUGAGAACACUGUCCAGGGCCCGCCCUGCCCAUCGCCAGGCCGGCACUUACAGGCCCUCCCUCCCACGCGGUCCACAGGGCCGUGUGGACCCCUCAGCCUGCACCGUGCUGCAGACAGGCCCCGGCAGCCUGCAUGGACCCGCCCUCCCACUGUAACUGGGCUCCUUCCCCUGAGAUCCGAUUUCCUCCCUGUGAUUCUGCUGUCACCGUGGGCUCAGUGUGACCCCUCUGUCCAGGCCGCCUUGGCUGGCUUUCCCAUGCCCCUCUCCUCAGUCCCUGCCACUGCCCCUCCAACCAGGAGUGCAGCCUUGCUCCACCCCUGCCCUCGCGCUGGGGUCCUGCCCCAAUCCCGAGGGGAGGAAGGAGGGACUCAGUCUGGCAUAGGGACCCUCACAGUGCUGUGAGGAAUGAGAUAGCGGGUGUCUCUGGUGUCUGAGCCCCCAUCCCCAUUGCUCUGGGCCCUGGACACAGUUUAUGGGGCAGUGGGUGCAAGGUGCAUGUCCGUGUGAGCUUGUGGGUCCGUGUCUGCGUGUCAGUGCGUGUCUGUGCCACCGGCUUGGUGAAUUCUGAGACUUGCGGGGAAGGGAGUCAUGAGGGCAGAGGAAGGGUCUUUACUCUGUCAUUCAGGGAUAAAGUUUAAUUUUAUUUUUCUACACAUUUUUGCCAGGUAAGGCAUUUUGCUGAUAAAUUAGCAGGAUGUCCCCAGUUCUCCCUACCAGGGAGGUUUAGUUUUUUUAAGCUUUGGGUGCUUUUUUAGUAAUUUUUUUUACCACGUGGGGAAGGAGAUUGCUCUGACUUUCCCCUCCUCUUCCCCCAACUCCUGUCCUGAGAGCUGCCCCCUGCCACCUCCCACCCCAGAAAAUGGGGAGCCUGGGGGACCAGGGGCUGCGCUAGGACCUGGGUCCCACUGCCAGAGAUGGUUCCAGCUUGGAGGUGUCGUCCCUUGGCCCCAUUUGUAUAGUGGGUAUGUGUGUCGAGUUUUUUCAUUUUAUCUUUUGCCUAACAAAGCCAAACUCCAUUUGCAAUUGCCCUUCCUCUCUGGGCCUGAGGAAGCCCUAACCAAGUGCCCAGCCCCUCCCCACUGUGGCCCCAGGACCAGGGGUCCCAGCACCCCACAGGGACAGGGGAGAGGUUGGGCAGGGAAGGAGUUUACUUACGUUUUCUUCCAAACAAAAACACAGCCUUAUUUUUCUUUACAAUAGCAAAAAUGGAAACCAAAAAGAUACCAACCUUUGAACAUAGCUCAGUCUGUCGAGUCUCUUGUUUGCUUGGACAGCUCAGGCCACACGACACUGUGCUGACCAGGCAGGGCAACAGGAGGGCUAAUGAUUUGCACAGGAGACAGGCUGCCUGCUCUGCACCUCCGGGCCUGGGCAGGAAGGAGGGAUGCACGGGCUGCCAGGAGCAGGGCUCAGCCACAGUGCUGGGCUGUCUCUUCAGAAAAGCCUGUGCCAACCAGCAGCCCCUGACCCAGCCCCAGGGCUGCAGGAGCAAGGGUCAUCCAUGUGACUGAGCCCUGGCAGCUGGGGUCCUCACCAGCACCCCCAGGUGCACAGCAGGAUGCCCCCCUCCUGUCUAGGUGGACACCAGCCUAGCCUGGGUCAGGAGGCCUGGCUCCGAGGAGCACCAGAGGGCCCGCUUCUGGGCCUGGGGGCUGAGUGCUGGCCCAGCAAGGUCUGGCAGGGUGGGUACUGCGAAAGCACCUGGGGAUGCUGACUGGCCCACGCUGAGCCAGCAGCCAUGGUGGGGGCCCUAGGGGCCUGCCUCAGCGUAGCAAGCAGAGUACUGUGCUCAGUGGCCCAGCUUUGGGGCUGGUUAAACCGCAACACGAUGCAGAGGGGGCCUCGAUACAGAUGAGCACCUCCCUCUCCGAGGCCAGUGGGCAGGCCAUCUAAACCAAACCCUGAGGGCAGAGGCGAAGGGGCAGGGCUGGGUGGGUCACCCUUCACCCAGAAGCUGGCUCUCUGAUGGCAGGGCCCAGCCUCCCACAGCAGAGCCACAAACACCUCUGAGGCCUUGACCUCAGUGGGCCAAGGAGCCCACCUAGAAGCCUUCUCUUCCAACAACCCUGCCAGUUGCCAGUAUGAGUCCAGGGAGAACCCUCAGCUGGCACAGAGGUCACACACCCGUCCCCUCCCGGGCUCCCCCAGCCCAGUGCCAUGAAGAGGGGAGACUCGCGCUCCCAGCUGUGUUUCUGUUGGACUUUUCCCUCCCUCGUGUGUGUGUAUCACCAAUGUCAUCUUCUGUUGUUUUGUUAUAAAAGGAAAUACAUUUAUUGUAGAAAAUCUAAAAAUGCUGAGCAAGACAGAAAAUGCCCCCACUACCCCAGAGCUGAAAUACUGGUGUUCUACUUUUUUUUAAAUGUAUAUAUCAACAUACAUAGUUUUUACAAAAAUGGGAUCUUUGUGUAUGCGUUUUGUCACCGUUUCUCACUUGACACCGUCAUGAACCUAUUUCCAUGUCAGGUGCACUCUCACCCUUCUUAGAGGCUGCCUCCCCGCGUGAGCACGGGACGUGAUUUAUUUACCUUCUUUUAUGCCAAGUGGCUGGAACAUGCAGCAGUCCUCCCUGCUUUUAUACUUGGGAGGGUGGUAGGCACAUUUAUAGGCACCUACACCUUCUGUAUUUAAGGCUUUUCUUGGGAUAAUUCUUGAGAGUUGAAUCAUUCUGCCAAAGGUUUAUCAAGAUUCUAAAGCUUUUCAUAUGUGCUGUCUGGUUGCAUUCUAGAAAGGUACAGAACAUGACCUAGUUGCU